AUGGCUUCCUCCAAAGAUUUCAGCAUCGCCUCUACCAGGGAUAAGUUUCCUCAUGUUGACCGCGGAAGGAAAGGCUUGCCGAGUCAGAUUGAUAAUACUGGUGGUAUUGUGCUCGACAAUGCCAGCGGAACUCAGCUGUUGGGUUCGGUAAUCGAAGCAAUCGCGACAUACUACACAAACCCCACCAACACGCCACUUAAGGAUAGCACUUACCUCAAAAAUGCCCUCUCCGCGUCCCAACGCUUCAUCAACGCUUCAUCCGCCGACGAAAUCGCAAUCGGUACCUCCACAACACAACUCUUCCACAACCUAUCAACGAGCUUCUUGUUUCCUCCGAAGAGUGAAAUCAUUGUCACGCAGAUCAACCAUGAGUCCAACAUCAGCCCAUGGCUGCGAAUGGCGGAAAGACAAGAUCUGAUCGUGAAGUGGUGGACGGCGAAGGGGCCGGCCAUGAGGCUGGAGAUUGAUGAUCUAUUAGAAUUGAUCUCAGAGAAGACAUGCUUGGUGGCAUUGACACACGCGUGUGGUAUACUUGGGAAUAUUGAGGAUGUAGAGGUGGCUGCAGAAGUUGUUCAUAGGAUGGUGCCUGAGGCAGUGGUUUGCGUCGAUGGUGGAGAGUUUGUGCCACAUAGAAGAGUGGACGUGAGUGCGUUGGGUGUGGAUAUUUAUGUCUGGUCUUGGAAUAAUGUAUUUGGGCCCCAUCUAUCCUGCAUCUGGAUCGAAAAAUCACUAAAAGACGACCAUGACCUCCUCGAACCCUUCAGUUACUUCUUCGAUCAUCCACUCACCUCACUUCAAGUCAAGCUCGGCCUCUAUGCCGCUAACCCUGCCCUCACAUCUUCUAUCCCAUCAAUUGUAGAUUAUUUUAAUCCCGAUCCCGUCUCCGCUUGGACCGCAAUCAUGGAGCACGAAGCUGUGCUACAAAAGAUACUAAUAGAUUAUCUUAAUUCACGCAGUGAUGUUCGAAUCCAUGGAGAAAAUUCACCAGAUCCUGUGCUCCGGGUGGCAAUAGUAUCGUUCAAUAUAAAUGGAUGGAUGAGUCAAGACGUGGUUGAGUUCAUUACAACAAAAGACCCCAGGCUUGGGGUGGCUUGGGGGCAUUUUGAUUCUUUCAGAUUGGUGGCCAAGAUUUUACAUCCCAAAGAGGAUGGAGUGGUUAGAGUGAGCAUGGUACAUUAUAAUACAGUUGAAGAAGUGGAAAGAUUAGUGGAUGUUUUGAAAGAGAUUGAGAUCGGAGGAGACCAGGGUUUACUAGCGCAUAUGGAAAGACUUUCUCUUGUUUCCUUGGACUCUGGAACAAAUACGCCGGUUAGGUCUGAGUAA